UUGAAAGAAUCAACAGAAUGGCAUUCAUGUCUCAGCUCAUCCUCUCGGCCGCCGUCCUCCUCGCCGUACUCGCCGCAACCUCGGCCACCGUCGGGACUCAGUGCGUUCCAGGGUCGGACAUUCCAUACAACCCACUACAAGCAUGCCGCAACCUUUUGUCCACUAAAAUGAGCUCCUUUACAUUACCCCUAAAUGAAUAUGAGCCUUCAUUUCUCUUGAUCCAACGAUUGAUGUCUAUUGGUACUCCAACGGAGUACCAGGGUACCGUAAAAAAGCUCACUAAAAUAUGCAGCGUAGGGCCCGUGUACGCCUCCGCUGGGAUGUUGAAGAGGCGGUGUUGCGACCAGUUGUCGCGCGUCCCAGCAUACUGCCGGUGCGAGGCGCUGCGCAUGCUCAUGGAUGGGGUAGAAACUCCGCAGGGUGUGUUCGAGGGCGGCCUACUCCAGGACAUACCCAGUUGCCCAAGGCUUACCAGGAAGUACACCAUGGGCCUCGUCGGCCCGGAGGAGUGCAACUUGGAAACCAUCCACGGCAGCCCGCACUGCCCCACUCCCAUCACUCGUGGAGUGGUCGUGUGA